ACAUUGUUGUGUGUAAUCCGACGCGGGGAUUUCGCGCAUGUAUCGCGACAGUCAACCGUCAGCUAUCCCGGCGGUAACAUCGUGUAGUUUUUAUUGUUUCUGAAUUCUUUAUUCUCUGGGAUAGAAUUUCAAUAAAAAUUCCUGGAAUAAUUAGUUUGUAUAUUUAAGUGCGUGUGAACAAGUGAAGUUUAUUUAAUGUGCUGUGUAAUUUUGUUAUAAAAAAUAAAAUGGAAAAGGGAAAAAAAAAUUUUAAUGAAGAAACUGAUUCUCUGGAAAUCACUCCGAGGCCCGCGCCUAAACCUUUUACUAUUGAGAGUUUGAUUGGUAACAAAGGACAGUUUAUUAAUGAUGUGGAUAAUUCUAAUAAUAAUAAAUCUGGUAAAGGUAUUGAUGACGCUGAACGUGAGAGAGAGUUUCUUUAUCAGCAACGGUGUCUUGCUACUGUCACCAGUGCUCUCCCAGGGUUCGCGAUGCCAUUAAGCUUGUAUAGUGCAGCUUACAACUGGUUACCCAUGAGAAUGCACGGUGGAGACGGAAGCAUAACUUGCGGGCCACUGAUGCCGCCACUUCCGUCGGCAAACUAUCCCUCUCACCAAAACAGCAAUCCUUUGUCAUCAAAUAGUUUAAACCUGAGUCUCUCCGGGCUGCAUCAUCAUCUUCAGGGUGCAGUUUAUCCCGGACAUCGAGACGCGGGGAAUAUCAACAGCAACGCAGUGAUGACCGACAGUGAAGAAGACGAUGGAAGCUUGUCUCCAGUCCAGUAUCUGUCCAAGUCACAGCAAGACUCAGAAAGCGGUAGAAUGUCAGCUGAAAGUGACGACGAGGGUGUUAACGACAUCGGAAGUGCCCGCAGAGAGUCAUCGAAUUCAGCAGGAUCCUCGGGAAAUAAUAGCAAGGCCAGAAGAAGAAGAACAGCGUUUACCUCCGAGCAAUUACUGGAACUCGAGCGUGAAUUCCAUGCGAAAAAGUACCUCAGCCUUACGGAGCGCUCGCACAUCGCGAAUACACUCAAAUUAUCCGAAGUCCAGGUAAAAAUUUGGUUCCAGAAUCGUCGCGCCAAGUGGAAGCGCGUAAAAGCAGGCCUGACUGCAGGCAGCGCAGGUUCUGUAGGUCGGAACGGGCAUAAUGGUCAGCCUGGAAGCGGCCCAAGAAUCGUGGUACCGAUUCCCGUCCACGUUAGCAGACUCGCAGUUCGCUCACACCAUCAUCAUCUGGAGAAAUGUCCUCAGCCGGCGCACACCAGGUCCGCGAACUCGCCCUCCAUCAGUGCGGGAUUGAGACUGGGGACCGGUAAUCCUGGAAUUAGUCAUCAGCUCGGCUCCAAUGCUGGAUUAAGGGCCUUUACUGCUGUACCAGUUCACCAACAAAGCACUCCGGGAAGAUAGCUGAGCAUUUGAAUAUAAUUAUUAUAUUUAGUCGUUAGAUUAUUAUUAUUAUUAUUAUUAUUAUUAUUAUUAUUAUUAGACUUUUUUUAAUAUAGCAAUACGUUUUUUAAUAGUAGACGUUUUUUUAUUACAUUUAUUUGUUACUAAAUACCAAAUAUCUCUAUGUAACUUAGUCUAAGCUCGACUAGGGUUUAUUUAUCAUUUUGUGAUAUAAUAUUAUUACACAUAGAUAGUUUUAUU